CGCCUCACGGCCGGCACCGCCCCGCGUGCGCUGAGUGACGGCCCCGGCGGCCACUCCCGGCGCUGCCGCUGCCGCUGCGCCCGGGGCGGUGCCGGAGCCCGACCCGCUGCUCCGCGGGCCCGCAGAUGCCAUGUUGCCUCAGAAGACACCUUCCAGAAUAGCCAUGAGCUGUUAUUGGAAAGUCCUGGGAAUUUUCUUACUAUUUCUUCAAAAUGCGCUGUGUCUCCAGCCCAGGGUGCUGCUGGUAUCUUUUGAUGGAUUUCGAUGGGAUUACAUCUAUAAAGUCCCAACUCCCAAUUUCCAUUAUGCCAUGGAGAACGGGGUUCAUGUCAAGCAGGUCGCCAAUGUGUUCAUAACGAAAACGUACCCAAACCAUUACACCCUGGUGACCGGUCUCUACGCAGAGAGCCACGGCAUUGUCGCUAAUGAGAUGUACGAUCCUGUUCUGAAUGAAACCUUCUCUCUGACCAAAAUGAAUACCUAUAACCCCAAGUUCUGGGAAGAGGCCAGCCCCAUAUGGGUAACGAACCAGAGGAGAGGACACAGAUCCGGCGCAGCCAUGUGGCCUGGGACAGACGUGAAAAUACAUGGAGUCUUGCCCACACAUUACAUGCCCUACAAUGAAACCGUUCCCUUUGAAGACAGAGUUGCCAAGCUUAUUGAGUGGUUUACAUCAAAAAACCCCAUAAACUUUGGUCUCCUGUACUGGGAACAGCCCGAUGAGAUGGGACAUUUUCUGGGCCCGGACAACCCACUUAUGGGACCGGUAAUUAGUGAUAUUGACAGCAAACUGGGAUAUCUCAUCUCCAAGCUGAAGGCAGCGAAGCUGUGGGAUGUGAUAAAUGUCAUAAUCACCAGUGAUCACGGGAUGUCGCAGUUGUCUUCGGAGAGGGUCAUUGAGCUUGAUCAGUACGUGGACAGAGAGCUCUAUGAAGUCAUUGACCAUUCUCCUGCAGUAGCCAUUUUGCCAAAAGAAGGCAAGCUGGAUGAAGUAUACGAAGCUUUGGCCAAUGCUCAUCCCAACAUGACUGUAUAUAAAAAAGAGCAGAUUCCAGAUAGAUGGCAUUACAAACACAACAGUAAAAUUCAGCCCAUUUUAGCAGUGGCUGAUAAAGGAUGGGAAAUUGUACAUAAUAAGUCUGAUAGGUUUCUGUUUGGUAACCACGGGUAUGACAACAUCAUACCAGAAAUGCAUCCCAUUUUUGUGGCAGUUGGGCCUGCUUUCAGAAAGAAUGCCACCAAAGAAGUCAUGAAUGCUACGGACUUGUAUCCCUUGCUGUGUCAUCUGCUUCGUAUUGACCCUCUGCCAAACAACGGCUCCUUCGACUCUGUGAAAGACAUCCUUGCUGAAGUUCCUGGAACCUUUGGAGCAGACACCUAUUCCACAGUCAUAGGAGUCUUCCUGGGCAGUUUGCUUGUUCUGGUUUUUACUGCCGUUUUUGUUAAGCAUUUUGUCCUUGCCCAGGCAAAUUCCAUGCACAUCCUACACACUGAUGUUGCCCAGCCAUUGCUGCAAGAUCAUUAACACUUGGGAUUAUUUCCUGUUUGAGGCUUGAAAUAAGCAUAUGCAGAGAAAAUAAGUAAUAAGAGGUGGAUCAGCAUAAAUAUCUGGAGUAAAAGGAGGUGCAUGCUGAUCCAUUGUACUCUGGGGCACGUACAGACCAGGGAUGCAGAGAAAGAGCAUGUUCCUGUUUAACCCUGCAGCCACUUCAUCUUCCAGGGGUCAAAGAUAUUGUAGGUAAACCUGGAAAGCUGUUUAUGUAUGUAGACAUGUAGUGACAACAGACCUCAAAUACCUUAUUAUAGCUGUUUUUAGGUAAAUAACAUCAGCUGAGGUGCAUUUCACAGACUAUUAAAUGGUGAUUUCAUUUCCCACCCUCUUUUUUUUGUUGUUGUUUUUUUGUUCCUUGAAAGGCUUUUUGAGUCUCUUCUAUUCUCACAAGUCACUGAAUGGGACUAAACGUCUUUGGGGUUUUUUUCCAUCCAUGCCCUAGGAAACUCUUGAUCACCGUUACAGACAGCUUGGUUGGUAAAAUCCUGUGGAAAACAACAUUAUUAUUCAGCUAGGUCAUGAGUGCUAAGUGUCUACAUUUAGAGUUAGGCAUCUUUCUUCAAACUACUUUGUUAAUUGUAGCCUCAAUAUGAAUCUAAGUGGUAUUGCCUUCAGCAAUCAGUAUUAAACUGCUUGAUUCUUAAUCUUUUAAAAAAAUUAUUUCGGUAAAUACAGGUCUUUACCAUUUGACGUAUGAUUUUAAGUAAAUGUAGGUCUUCACUUUUUUUUUAUUUCCUGUACACUGGACUAAAUUUUCUAGAAGUUCCACACAGCUGGCAGGAUAAAGACACUUAAAAGCACUGCACCUGUAUAUCCAAAUGGAGUCUUUUAUAUUUCUGUGAUAAGAAGGUUCUUUCAGACUAAGGGAGAUGAGUCAGUUAAGGAACAUGAAUGUUCAGGCUGGUUUCAGAGUUCCGUUCCUGGCUGUUCAUCUGACCUGUUAUCGGAGACUCUGCGUUAGUGUGAGUUUGACUUGUGCUUUAUCUGCUGUGCCUGGUGGGCCUUAGAAUUGGAUGAGCAGGAUUAGAGUUGCAAUUUAUGGAGCAGCCAUAUAAAUCUUAAGCCAUAUAUGCUCUUAAACCUGAACAAGCACACUUUAAUACUAAAAAAAAAGGUGUAAGACUGGAGUUUGUUCUUCUGGAGGAAAGCCUCUGUCAGGGAAAUAUAUUAGUUCUGAGUCAACAAAGCUACAUAUUAUUCUGAUCCUUUUGUGUGUGGCAAUAAAUCUUCUUGCUAGUGUAGUUGAGGGGUUUUUUGUGAGCUCACUUAAAUGGUAGGUGAGAAGCUGCUGACUAAGGUUUGUGUGAAAAAAAAUGGUCUGAAGUGAGAAAAGUUGUCUCAUUGUCAGAGUUUUCCCCUUCUCCCUCUGUGAGAUGGUAUUUCUCAUCACUUUGAUGCUGAGUACAAUGCCUGAAGGAAAAGUAAACUUUUAAAAUUCAUGCAGAAAUAGCAGACUGAGUAUUUUUAAGUGCAAUUUAUAGCUGUAUCCACAGCCCCCAGCAGAGGGCAAGGAUGGGAACACUUCGGCUUUGGUUGUGCUCUGCCAAAGAAACAGCGUGACUGACAGUCAGUACUGCCAGGAGAGGGUUUGGAGUACAGAACUCGUUUUGCUGGACUAAAUUCCAGCCUUAAUGAAGAUCUGUUGGGUUCCUCUGUGGUGGCAGGGACAUUUGCUUAGCACCAGCCUGUCUUGCAGACAGAUGUGGGCAUUUCCAGAGGCCACACCUGGGUGCAGCAAAUGCUUGAGAGGGAAUGCAGUGAAAUAAUCCAAUUUAAAGGAUAUGCUGAAAGUUUAGCUGUAAUGGUAGCUUUAGGAAGGCAGGAAACAUGCAGAUCUGUUGGGAGACAGCUCUCAGUUUGGGGAGAUACAUGAAAUCUUGUGAACUUAUCUGACUCAGUGCUGUUGCUGUGCUGUGAACUGUCUUGUUUUCCUGUAUUGCCAUUUUCUUAAGAAAACACUCAAGGAAAAGGUCUGUAAAGCUGAUUCUUAGUGGAGCUGGCCAAUAGCCAUGCCUUAGUUUUAAUUUGCUGAUGUCAGGUAAAACUGAGUGUUGCAGGGGCUUGUCAAGCUGAAAGGCAAAGGUGUUCACAGGAGUAUUCAGAGACUGGGGAAUUCCAAGCAGAAAACCUGAACCUCUUGAAUUGUUACUAAUCCCUCCCCUACCUACCUUCCGAAAAGUGGAUGGCAAAUAGCAAAUUGAUGCAUUGAAUCCAAUUUUUCUUGCUGAUUUGCAACUUCAAAAUGAAUUGUGGCACAAACUUAGUGUGUGUUUAAGGAAAGGUCUACAGGCUUGGAUAAGGCAAUAACAGUGGCAAUUGGAGAUGCCAUAACACUCUCUUGUAGCUACUGCAAUUAUGCACUUUGGAACAUGCUGCUUUAAUAGAAAUUCUUCUUACUUCAGCAGUUUCAUAGCAGUAAUCAUGGCAGAUGUGAAAAUAACUGGGUUGUAAUCUCAGAGUUGUUCAUUAAACCCCUGCUUUAAUUGUGGCAGGUGUAGAGUUCUGUCAUCAGCCAAAGUAACUCUUGAUUUUAAGGAGGGGCCAAAGUUGGUCAGUGUUGUUCAGUCAUCCUGGACUUAAAUUUACCUGCUCAAAUGUGGGAAGAGCAGUAAGUUUCCCUGACUAAGGCUUUGGGAACAAUAAUACUCAAAAUAAUUUGGGGACAUGGAUGUGAGAAUUGUCUGUGUCAUUGUUCUGUAUUGCACUGUGAGGCCCUUCUUUGAGGAGGGUAAAAUAAAACUGUAAAAACAAUGAAAGGAAUCUUGUAGCAUUUGGGUAUUUCAGUUUAGGGCUAAACAUUUCCUUUGUUCUUUGGAGUAUUUGCAGGUACCUUUUGGGUAGUUCCUUGUUAGUGUAUUUGCCCAGCUGGUGUCAAACACAAUUUUAAGUUGUUGGGUGUGAGAUUAAUGAAAUUGAAAGCACAGAUGAUGAAAGCACAGCAACUUUUUCUCUGAUGUGACAUUUUGUCAGACUAUCUUUUUGGGUAAGGAGGACGUGGGAUUUGGUUUCUUUGUAUAUGAUACUUUCUAUGAUGUGCAAACAAGUUUAUUGGACACUGGAUUUGGGUACACUGUGUACUGCUUGUAACUUAAACUUGGAAACCAAGAGUGAUGCAUGAUGUUGUGUUUCAUUACUGACCUGUGAAGCAUACAGAUGUCAAAUGUUUUCUUUGUUUCUUCGCGUUUGGAACUGCUGGAGUUGAAAUAAAUCUUUCCUGUAAGUCGUCCCAA